CAGAGCCCUGAGAAUGAGACCAAGCCUGAAACACACUCCUACACCAUCAGCUCAGUCAGUGUCUCUGAUGGAGGACAGUACUGGUGCAGAGCUGGGAGAGGAACCCCAGUCUACUACACUCACUACAGUGAUGCUCUCUGGAUAAACGUCACUGGAAGUGAUGAGUGUUGAACACAGAGCAUCGUUCAGUCAGUCAGUCAGUCAGUCAGUCAGUGAGUCAUUACGGGGACAGUAUGGAGUUCAGGUCUCUCUCUGUGAUACUCUGGCUGAUUGUGUUCAUCCACUAUGGACAAACUCAAGAUCUACCCAAACCUACACUGACUGUAGAACCAGAGAGCUCUGUGUUCAGUGGAGAGUCAGUCACUCUGAAGUGUGAGAUUAAAGGUUAUGAUGGAUGGACGUAUCAGUGGUAUAAACAGGAUAAACAGAGUAGAUGGAGUGCAGUGUCUCAGUCUGAGUAUUACACUGUAAACAGAGACACUCUCACCAUCAGAGCAGACGCUGUGAUUCACGGAGAUCAGUAUCGGUGUAGCGGAGAGAGACAUGACAGACUAACAUCAUCACAGUACAGUGACUUUGUUACAUUAACUAUAAAUGCUUUACCCAGAGCUACACUCUACAUUGUAGAACCAGAGAGUCCAGUGUACACUGGAGGGUCAGUCACCCUGAAGUGUGAGAUUAACACUUAUGAUGAAUGGACGUUUCAGUGGUAUAAACAGGAUAAACAGCAUAGAUGGAUUCUAGUGUCUCAGGCUGAGUAUUACACUGUAAACAGAGAUACUCUCACCAUCAGGGAACAUGCUGUGAUUCAUGGAGAUCCGCAUCUGUGCAGAGGAGAGAGACGCGACAGACCAAAAGUAUCACAGUACAGUAACUCUGUUGCACUCCCUGUAAACGCUUUACCCACAGCUACACUGACUGUAGAACCAGAGGGUCCUGUGUUCACUGGAGGGUCAGUGACUCUGAAGUGUGAGAUACAGUCUCACAGUAACUGGAGAUAUCAGUGGUAUAAAGGCAGCAGUAGAACUGCAGUCAGUCAGUCUGAAACAAAUACCUUCACCAUCAGAUCAGCAGCAGAUCAGGAUCAAUACUGGUGUAGAGGAGAGAGAGAUGACAGACCCUCAUCUUCACAACCCAGCAACACUGUUACUCUCACAGUGAAAGGUGAAGCAAAAGCUGUGUUGUCCAUAAAGCCUGAUAAACAUGUGUUCAGAGGAGAGGCUGUCACUCUCAGAUGUGACAUACAGUGGGGGAGAGACACUGAAUGCAAAUACAGUUGGUAUAAGGAAGCUAACACACUCUACUCAUCCAGCACAACACAGGAGUUCAGAUUCAGCCCUGCUGAAGAGUCUCACAGUGGUAAUUAUACCUGCAGUGGAGAAGACAUAGGAAACUCGGGGUACUCUCAGAGCAGUGAUGCUGUCACACUGACUGUAACAGGUCUACCCAGAGCUACACUGACUGUAGAACCAGAGGGUCCUGUGUUCUCUGGAGAGUCAGUGACUCUGAAGUGUGAGAUACAGUCUCACAGUAACUGGAGAUAUCAGUGGUAUAAAGGCAGCAGGAGAACUGCAGUCAGUCAGUCUCAGACAAACACCUUCACCAUCAGAUCAGCAGCAGAUCAGGAUCAGGAUCAGUACUGGUGUAGAGGAGAGAGAGAUUACAGACCCACAUCAUCACAACCCAGCAACACUGUUACUCUCACAGUGAAAGAUACCUCUCCUGAAGUCUCUCUGAUGGUCAGUCCCAGCAGAGCUCAACACUUUAUUACUGACUCUCUCUCACUGAGCUGUGAGGGACAGAGUGACUCUACUGGACGGAGAGUGAGACGAUACACACACAGUGAGAAGGUAUCAGAUUGUUCAUCAGGCUGGGGAUCAGUUACAGGAUCUACAUGCAGCAUCAGCUCCCUCAGCACAUCCCACACUGGAGUGUACUGGUGUGAGUCUGAAUCUGGAGAGAGCAGCAAUCCUGUUAACAUCUCAGUGACCAAUGGUGCUGUGAUUCUGGACAGUCCUGUUCAUCCUAUGACUGAGGGAGAUACUCUGACUCUGCGCUGUUUAUAUCAUGACCCAAAGCCCUCAAACCUCACAGCUGAGUUCUAUAAGAAUGGAUCACUCCUCCAGACUCAGACCAUCCAUACUGUCUCGAAGUCAGAUGAAGGUCUCUACCACUGUAAACACCCAGAGAGAGGAGAGUCUCCACAGAGCUGGAUCUCAGUCAAAGGUCUGCUCAGGUCAGAAGCUUCAUUCUCAGUUCUCAGUUUGCUCAGUAGAGUAAUGGCAGCAUCUCCAUAUCUGCUGGUGUCCAUCAUACUGGGACUCAAAUGCUACAAAGCUCGAGGAGAGAACUGAUAGUCUUCCUGUGGGAGACUUCGAGGAGCUUCACUGAGACAGAGGUUUCUAUUUUAGUCUGAAACAUAAACAAUAGUCUAAAUCAUAAAUUAUCAUCUGAAAUUAUCUUUACGGUGUAUUUCGCAGCUAAACCUGAGGAAACUAACAGAACAGAAGCAGCAACAGAAGCUGCGGAAUCUUCCUGAGUGUUGAAUGUAAUUCUAAUCAUGUGUGUCUGGAAACCUCAAUUAGGGUUUACUUUAUUGUGCAGGUCAAUUAGGGAGGUUUUAAUUACAGCUCCACUCCAACAUCAAUCAGGUUAAUUUAUUCUCUCUGUCAGGAACUGCAGUACUAGAAAUGAGGCAUCCGUGGUGCUGUUUCAGCACUCAAAUUCAACUGAUUAUCAGAGUUUUGUUUAUUUUUAUUGAAUACAUUUUAUUCUUGAAACAUAAAGGUUCUAAUUUUGG